AAUUUAUUUUUCUUUCAAUCACGUGGACGAUUCUUAAUAAGACUUUUUGUACCAUCAAUUAUCAUCGGUUUACGUAUAUAUUAUCAAUAUAUAAAUUAUUGCAGUUAUGGGCAAGAAGCGAAAACUGGAAACAAAUACUUUUACUCACAAACAAACAUCUGUUGAGGUUAUUAUUAAAGAUGUGAAUGCUCAUCCUCUGUGUUUGCAUGGACCUACAUUAUUGUUUUCUAGUGAAAAAGGCCGGUAUUAUGCAUGUGCAUGCUGUAGAAACAAGGAAUGUACAGUACACAUUGAGGAGAAGGAUUGGGAGAAAGAAGGCGUUAGAAAACGCAAUGAAAAAUAUUAUAAUCUUAUUCCUAAAAUUGAUAAAGAUGCUUCAUGGAGAAACUUUAAUGAGGUAAAAUCCCGCCAUGCAUCAGACAGAGCCUACUGCAAUACUUGUCAGGAGUUGUAUAUAGUGUCACAGAGUAGAAAACACACAAAAGACCACAGAGUAAUAACACCACUGAUUGAUGAGCAGCUAGCACAGCCUUCUUCGUGGUUGCCUACUUUGGAGAAUGAUAGUGUUGAAGCACAGUAUAUGUUUACCAAGAAGUCGGUUGGCACUAUUUUGGGUAUAUUGAGAAAUAAUAAUGUCAAAAAUAUCCUCUGCAUUGGUACACCAUCAGUCCAUGAGGCAGCUCAAAUGAGUUCUGAAUUUAAUUCCAUAUUGUUGGACUAUGACACAAGACACCACCUGUUCCAUGCUCCCUACAAAUACAUAUGGUACAAUAUGUUCAACAACUACAUGUUCAAUGGAAACAAUGAUGAAAAAGUGUUGAAGAAAUUCUUCAAUAGUUCAAAAAAUGGAGGCAUAUGUGUGGUGAUGGAUCCACCAUUUGGCGGGCGUGUUGAACCCCUCGUCCACACGUUGCGGGAACUGACUGCUAUUUACAAAGAAACUUGCAAGAAAGAAGACUCCCUUCCGAUUUUAUGGGCGUUUCCAUAUUUUGCAGAGCCCUACAUAAGGAACAUGAUGCCGGAAAUCAAGAUGCAUGAUUACCAGAUUGAAUAUGAAAAACACAAAAAGUUUCAAAGUAAAACUAAGAGUGGGCGAAAAUUCGGUUCUCCAGUGCGAUUCUUUACUAAUUUGCCUCUAGCAACCAUUGAUUUAUCCAACGAUUCUAAUUACAAAUUUUGCGAUAAAUGCAAAUACUGGGUUGCAGCGACUAACAACCAUUGCAAUAAGUGCAAGGAAUGCACAAGCAAGAAUGGAAUGACAUAUAAGCAUUGUAACACAUGCAAGCGUUGCGUGAAGCCUACUUUCUUCCAUUGUACGGAGUGUAACCGGUGUUGCCAGCAGAAAGACCACAUUUGUGGCAUAGCUGUUGAAAGUCAGUCUUGUUACAACUGUCAUGAGAAAGGACACAAACAAUCGGCGUGUCCGCGGCAACAAGAGGGCGCCAGUGCAAAUAAGAAGAAAAAACGAGUACAUGCUUAAUUGUUUAUUUACAAAUAAAUCAUUAUAAAACGAA